UGGCUGCUGUUUUUUUUGCGUUUAGCAGGUAGGAGUCCAAACAGUCCGUGUCCAGGAUGUGUGUGGUCUGCAGAGCCGAUAGCUGUCCUCUUCUUGACCCGACCUGUCCACCUCCUGCAUGGAGGGAAGGUCAGCCUGCGUGUUCUGCUCUCUACAGACCUGUUUUAGCUUUUUUUUUUUUUUUUUUUUUUCUACAAGAUCAGAAUAUACAAAUAUGCCUUCACUUUUUUUCAGUGAAUGCCAAAGAUUUAAGCAGGGAUUGUUGAGCUUUCUCUUGUUUACCGAGCCUUCAGAAAAACCAAGAAGCAAACAGGUUUAUGUCAUAGUCAGCCACCACGCCCCCUGGAUGUCAUUAUCGGCCGGGAUUCCCUUCACCUUGUCGACUUAAUGUUGAGAUUUUAAACGUUUUUUAAAUUAGAAAACAAGACAGUCGCUUCGGAUUAGGCGUGGAUAUCCCAAAAAGUAGACUUAUACGGCGUGUGGAAUUGAAAAAAAGGACUUUAGUCGCAAGAAAUGUGUUAUGAAACACGGGAUCCUUGGGUUUCACAACAGGGCUGAAAGCGGUCCUCUCGUCCAAUCGCAGUGCCGGCUGCCGCGUCACGUGGCAUUUAUUUAUGUAACGUAAUGGGGUUACACAGUAACCGAGCUCCGGGGCUUUGGCUACGUCGUCGCGGAGGUUAAAAACGGACACAAGACAGCUGAUUCAGGGGGGAAAGCAGCGAUAAAUGUGCAGUUUUAUUGAGCCGCUCGGAGCGCUGUUCGGUCCGCCUGGCGCGGUGCUUUCUGGAGUUCGGAGCGUCGAGGGAAGAGGCUGCGCGUCGGACUGGGACUUGCGGUGUCCAUUUAAACUGCCCGAGAAAGGGAAGAUGCUGCUCGAUCCCAGCCAAAGACGCACCAAAGGCUCCAAAAGACAAUGUCAGUGAGUCGCUUGGGUUCGGGAAGUGAAUCUGAGAGCUCUCCCCGUGCAGCAUCGUUCUGGUGAUCGGACGCGCGCAGGGUCUCGAGGGAUGGAUCUGCUGGAGUGUCCGCACUGCCUCUUCCCGAUGUGCGAGCCGGUGACCGUGCCGUGCGGCCACACGUUCUGCCGGCGGUGCGUGGGGGGCUACCUCCCCUCCAAAUGCCCGCUGUGCAAAGAAAGGCUGAAACAGAAGGAGGUGAAGAGCACCAGGAACAACGUUCUGCUCAUCGGAGUCAUUGAAAAGUGCUGGCCCGACGAGACGAGGGUGAAGUGCCAAAUCCAGGAGAAGCUCAGAGCAAGCGAGUUCACGGAAGCUUUACGCAUGGCCAAUGAGGGGCUGCACUUAGUCCCAGACCAUCAGAGUUUGAAGUUGCUGAGAGCCGAAGCUAACCUGGGGCUGCUGCGGUUCUCCGACGCUCUGACGGACCUCGACUACCUCUGCUGCCUUCAUCCCAACUGGACAGAGGGCUUUUAUCGCAAAGGGAAUGUACUGCUGGAAAUGGGUCAGCAGAAGGAAGCCCUAAUCCAGUUCCACCAUUGCCUAAAACUUCAAGCUGACUUUGUUUCUGCGAAGAACCAGAUCAGGAAGGUCCUGCAGGUAGAGGGAAUAGCCGUGCCAGAGGAGGUGCCGUGCAUUCUUCAUUUGGUUUCCGAGUACUUGAAAGAACCCUGCCCCAUCACCACCCUCAGUGGCUCUCAGGCGCCGACACAGGGAGAAAGCAACCACCCAAACGUAGAGAGGAGAGACGCACACACGAUGAAGCACGACGCAGGCACCGAGUGCUGCCUCAGCCUCUGCCAAGCUGUUUCCUUCCUGCCUGCUGCUGAGGAAGAUGAAGAAAUGAUGAUGAGGAAAGAAGAAUGCCAAGGCAGAGGUGGAAGUAAAGCGCCCAGAGGGGAAACUCUGGCUGUGCUCACCGUGUCCGACUUCGAGUGCCCUCUCUGCAUCAGGCUGUUCUUUGAGCCAGUCACAACUCCCUGCGGCCACACUUUCUGCAAAAACUGCAUCGAGAGGAGUCUGGACCACAACGUCCGCUGUCCACUCUGCAAACAGCCACUGCAAGAGUUCUUGAAAAACCGAAAGUACAACCCCACCAUUGUGCUUCAGGACAUUAUGGAGCAACUUUUUCCCUCUCAGUUGGCUGAAAGGAAACAGGUUCACGACGCAGAGAUGGCCGAACUCUCCAACCUUAGCAAGGACAUCCCCAUAUUUGUCUGUACCGUGGCCUUCCCUGGAGUGCCGUGCCCGCUGCACAUCUUCGAGCCCCGGUAUCGGCUGAUGAUGCGCCGCUGCAUGGAGACGGGCACCAGGAAGUUCGGCAUGUGCAGCUACGAGCAUGGCAAAGGGUUUGCCGACUAUGGCUGCAUGUUGGAGAUCCUCGAUAUGGAGCGUCUGCCUGAUGGACGAUUUUACGUGGAAACUGUGGGUGGCAGCAGAUUCAGGGUGCUCAAGCGAGGACAGAGGGACGGUUAUCACACGGCCGACAUCGAGUACCUGGAGGAUGUCAAGGCUGACGGUAGCGAGCUGGAGCUUUUGCAGCAUCUUCAUGACAGCGUGUACCAGCAGGCUCACGACUGGUAUCAGCGCGUGGGCAGCCGCAGCCGCGAGCACAUAAACAGACAGCACGGCAGCAUGCCGGAUAAGGAGGCAGACAUCCAGGCCUCGGCCAAUGGUCCGGCCUGGUGCUGGUGGCUGCUGUCUGUGCUUCAGCUGGACCCCGCCUAUCAAACCACCUUCCUGUCCCUGACCUCUCUCAAGGACCGCCUGGGACACCUCCGCCUCGUCCUCGAGUACUUCUCUCAGAGCUAAAACCCCGAGCACAGCCGUAACUUACCUUGAGGUCAACACUGCGCACACAUAGAGUGAAAACCAGCGAAUGCACGCACAAUAAAACAAACAGCGCUCGACGUAGGGUCUGGGGAGUGACCCAUUUUAAAGGGACUGUUUUUAAAGUGAAACAUGGCCAAAAGCAGACACCUGAGGAUCUCACCACACAACUCCAUGCACAGUUGGAGUUCACGCUCUUUGAUCUUGCAAAUGCAUCUUUAGAUACUUUUUGUAUAGGUAAGAACUUUGGGAUUGACCAAAGACAUUUCUAAUUUUGGGUCAUUAAAGGUUGUUCUACUUGGAGAAAUUUAACCGGGUCACUUUUCCAGAUGUUGAGCUGUAGAUAGACACUGGGAGGGGGGGGGGGGGGGGGCUCUCUUGUGUUUGCCAAUACAAACACAAAGAACAUAAAUUAGCCGGUGUUGCCUGUUAAGCGGCAACUCUUUGCAUUAACUUAGCUACAUGUGAAGAUACAUUAGAUACAUAUGAUAUAUCUGGAGGGAUCUUUUUUUUUCAGGGCCACGGUGAUCAUGUUUGAUAUCCUGGUAUGGUACCGGCUAUACUUGUCUAAUCUGUUGGCCUUGGCAGCCAUUGAAUGUGGCUGAUUUUGUACUAAUAAAAAAAAAAAAAAAAAACUUUAUUUAGCGUAAAAGUAUUGCAAUAACAACUGAUACUCUUACACUGCAGCAGGUGGGGGAUUUUUUUUUUGUUUUUUUCCGACACGUGAAAGCUGCCGCUGCUCUGCAUUUAGCAUCAACAACCUUUUUUCACUUCCCGAUGUAUAGAAGAAGAUUGGACAGGCAAGCGAAGACGUGCGACGUGUUUGUUUUUUUUGGAAAUAGCUUGCGUGUAUUUGUUUCCGGUGUAAAUACAUCGUUUUUUUGUCCCCGCUUUUGGUUCUUAUUUCAGCUUGACGUGUUGUCAGCACUGAUAGAGUCCGCUGUUAUAGCACACACAAAACGGGACGGUCUCGGUCUGUGUACCCAACCACGAAAUCGCCCACAACGGACACGACGCCUACCUCUGGCCCUUUAAUCCAUCUCUGCAUCGGUCUGGCCCCCUCCUCCGCCACCAGCCGUGGUGCCUCCGAGUCCCCGGGCCACAUAAUCAGGAGACCUGGACGAAGUCUUAGCGCGUCUACACGACUUCAGCGGCAGGCUGUUUUUGGUUUUUCUUUGUUCGCUACUGCGCUACAUUCCAUGGAAUGUUAAAGCUGUUAAGUUAAUUUACUUACACCUACGGGCGUAACUGGGUGUUUCUUUUUUUACACGUGUUCAUAAAUGUGCCAUCGAUAUUUAUACGUUGAGGUUGUUACUGUGUCAUAGACUCAUGAAAAGAUGCCUUUUUGUAUGUUGGGCAGGGAACUUCACGUAGUUUUUCUGGACAGACAUAUCGCUUAAAGGAGUCCAGCAAAGUCCAGCUAGCUUUGUGGCCAUUUCUACAAUUGAAAGGUGGAGCCAGAUUGGUAUUCUAAUGUAUUUAUAGCUGUGGAUAAAAGGGGCUCGAUUUGCUGCUUGAAAUGUUCCUCAGGCUGAUCAACCGAUGGACACGGAGCACAACAGUGGUGACUUGGUUAACAGGCUCAUCUCCAAACUCUGCAUUGGGAAUCCUUCCUGAUAAAUGCUAAUCUAAAUCAAAAAGGGACUGAGAUACUCAGAAUGAUAAACAACGCAGUUAUUUUUCUUUUCUCCUCCACAUCUAUUCCAAUGCUUCUCUAUAUAGGUGCAUCUCAGUUAGAAUAUCAUCAAAAUGUUCACUUAUUUCAGCUUUUAAGUUCAAUGAUCAAAUUCGUUAUACACAUGCACUGUGAAAACUUCCCCCUGGACCAUUCUGUGUCUCCCCACUCUUCCUUCAACCCUAACCCUACCCACCCACCCACCUAGCCCAGAUACUUCUGACAGUUUUUGUCGUUCAAGAGUGGCUUGGCACAAGAAAUAUGACAGUUGUCCCCCAUGCCCUGCACACAUCUGGGUGUGGAGGCUCUUGAAGCACUGAUUCCAGCUGCAAUCAGGGCCGCAGUUAUUCUUGUUGCUUGUGCACGUUUACCUGCCACCCUUUUCCCUUCCAAUCAACUGUGCUUGGAUACGGCACUGUGUGAACAGCCAGGUUCUUUAGCAAUGACCUUUUGUGGAUUUUACCCUCAUGAUGGAGAGUGACGGUGACUAUUUACUGGACGACUGGCAAGUCAGCAGUCUUCCUCAUGACUGACUAAGCCAUAGAGUGGUAACAUAACAUCGUGUUAACAUCUGUACUAAAAACGUUGUUUACUUGGUUUCAUCUCGUAUUGCAAUAUUCCCUGAAACUACAUAUGAAUUUUUCAGUAGCUGUAAGCCAUUAUCAUCAGAUUUAACAUCAAUAAAUGCUUGAAAUGUGUAAUUUUGUA